AUGCCUUCCUUAUCGACCGAAACCAUCGCAGCUCUGCGGGACAAAGUGGACGCCGCAUGCGCAGACCAGGAUAAAGGCCUUCCCGGCGCGGUGGUGGUGGUGGUCGGCAGAGACGGCCAGGAGUAUUUCGCGCACGCCAGCGGGAAGCGCGGCCAUGGCUCUGCGGAGCCCAUGGACUUGGAGAGUGUCUUCUGGAUCGCGUCGUGCACGAAGAUGAUCACCGGGAUCGCGUGUAUGCAGCUGGUGGAGCGGGGGCUGCUGAGCCUGGAUGAUUCGGGGCUUGUUGAGAGGCUGUGUCCGGAACUGGCGGCCGUGAAGGUAUUGCAGAGCGAUGGGACUUUGGUGGAGAAGCGCCGGGGGAUUACGCUGAGGAUGUUGUUGACUCAUACAGCUGGAUUUGGCUACGCGUUCUUCAACGAGAGAUUGAGGGACUAUAGCAGGCCGGUUGGCUUCAAUGAGCUCUCGGGAAACAUCCACGAUAUGCUGCAGCCGCUCGUCCACCAUCCCGGGGAGGGAUGGGAAUAUGGGCUGAGUCUUGACUGGGCCGGGGUCAUGGUCGAGCGAGUCACCGGGAUGUCGUUGAACGACUAUUUCCACCGCAACAUCUUUCAGCCCUUGGGGCUGAGCAACAUCUCGAUGUUUCCGUCGCCGUCGAUGAAGGCCAACCUGGUCUAUAUGAACCAACGAGCGCCUGAUGGCCAAUUCGCGGCCAGAGACCACCUGUUCCGGCCGCCUUUGAUUGCGCAGUCCCCCGAGGAGAUCAAAUCCUGCUUCAACAGCGGAGGGGCAGGCUGCUUUGCCAACCCGCAGGAUUACUGCCAAAUCCUGGCAACGCUACUGAACGACGGCACCGCGCCCAGCACAGGGAUCCGGAUCCUGCAACAGGCGACCGUCGACGAGAUGUUUCGCAACCAGAUCCCCCAGUUUCCGGAAUUCGCAGCACAAGGCUUCCCAGCGGCCAAACCCGCGUGGACCAACGCGAUUCCGCAUUUGUAUCCCUCAUCGACCGCUCAGGGCUGGGGGUUGUCGUUCAUGCUCUCCGGAGGAGCCACCGGCCGAUCCCUGGGGACGGCGCACUGGGCUGGCCUCCCCAACCUGUGGUGGUGGUGUGACCGGGAGCAAGGAGUCGCCGGGAUAAUCUGUACUCAGAUCACGCCGUUUGGUGACGCCCAGAGUCUGGGUCUUUGGGGGGAGGUCGAGUCGAUAGUGUAUGAUGGGUUGGUGUAG